AUGCACCUGGGGGAAUCAGACGUGGGGGAUGCAUUCCUGCCAGGUGACGGACUAGCAUCGUUGGCGGAUCUGAUAAAAUGCUACGAAAAGCCGUGGGAGCCGCGGACGCAGCAGCGCGGUAGCCACUGGGUGCUGUACAACUACGUGCGCGCCAAGAAGCGCUUCCGCUGCUGGGAGACGGUGACGCUGACGACCCACGCCGACUUCCGGCGCUUGGGCAGCCUGCGCACGCUGGUGGCGCGCUGGCGGGGGCCCGUGUCGCUCGUCCUCUUCGUGCCGCCCGGCGACUUCGGCCACGCGCUCGACGCACUCCGCUGGGCGCGCGACUGCUGGUCGCAGGUGGUGGCGUACUACGUCACGUUCCACGUGCUCUUCUCGGAGGGCGGCGUGCCCGCCUACGUGCCGUGCCCCGCGCAGGCGGCCGUCCGCGGCCUGUCGGACUGCAGCGUCGAGCCGCCCUGGCAGUCGGCACCGCCGCGCUCUGGCGGCCUCUACCCCGUGAAUGUGGCGCGCAACGUGGCGCGCGAAGCGGCCACCACGCACUACGUUCUGCCUGUCGAUAUCGAGCUGUUCCCCAGCCCCGGCUUGCUGCCUGACUUCCUGCACAUGCUGAGGCGUCACGAAGCGCCGCUUCGAAGACCCAACCCCAGAGUCUUCACCCUGCCAGUCUUCGAAAUAGAGGCAGGAGCUACUCCCCCAGAAAAUAAAGCUUCACUCCUUUCAAUGUUAAACAAUGGGUCUGCCAUCAUAUUCCAUCAGGAAUUGUGUGGAAAGUGUCACAGAUUUCCAGGGUAUGAAGUUUGGAAAACUAUGAACGUAACAGAAGGGCUCAGUGUAUUUCAUAUUGGAAAGCGAGUUAAUUACUUUCGUCAUUGGGAACCUAUAUUUAUAGGCACACAAGAUGAUCCUCUCUAUGAUGAACGUUUCAGCUGGGAAGGAAAGAGUGAUAAAAUGACCCAGGGAUAUAUCAUGUGUGUAAUGGACUAUGAUUUUGACAUUUUGGACAAUGCCUUCUUGAUCCAUGAACCUGGGAUAAAGACUAAGGAGAUGAACCACAGCAGACUCGUUGUUAUAAGAAAAUCAAAUGCUCUUAAGAGAGAUGUAGCUAUAUCUGAAUUCAAAGUUUUAUUUGGAGAAAAGUAUGGUUGUGUUCUGUAA